AGCGGCACCUAGUUUCACUUCCAGCGACAUCAACACGACGUCUAUUGUGUCAUAUUUUUAUAGCGACCUUUUAGAAAUAUAACCUUUCUUCUCGAACCACUACGACUACAUUUCGUUUUCCGGAUGUAGGCUUUCACUCUCAACAUUCUGAACCAUUUCUAUUUCUCUUGUUGUCUACCUUUCGCGUAGUGAUACGAAUCAGGCGAGGACACAACAUCAUCAAAAAGCACGAUGUCCUCCGAUCCGCCCGCCAACCCACCCACGACGGGUGCGGCGGCGGACGCACCGAUGCCGCAGGCCGCGCCGGCUAAUGAUCUCGAGUCCGCGGAUAUUUGGGGCGCGGGGAGCAGUGAUAUCGUCGAUGACGAUUUGAAAAAGUGCUCACCGGACGAAAUCAAGCAGAGGAUACGACUGUUAGACAACGACAUUCGGGUGAUGCGGUCCGAGUGCUCCAGAUUGAACCAUGAGGUAGGUUGAAGAUAAACUGGCUUCAGCUCGUCCUCUUCAACAAUGAAGGACCUUAACCUCUUUCUAUGUUUAUUGCAGAUGAUGAAGUUGAAGCAGCGUGUGUGUGUCGUAGUCGUUGGUUACUAGCAUGAUGGUUAGAAAUUUUUCCCUCGUAUGACAAGUCUGUUCUUGUUUCAAUUAUGAAUUUUGAGUAGUACCUACUUCGCACCUACAACAGCUGGCCACCAUCACCGAGAAGACAAAAGACAACAAGGAGAAGAUAAAACUCAACCGGCAACUCCCCCAUCUCGUCGCAAAUGUUGCUGAAAUCCUGGACCCAGAGGCAGUAGAAGAGGAGGAGGAUCAGGGCGCAGCGCAGGAGGUACUACAGUGCAGUAACUUUGCAUUGACAGAACUUUCUCACUUGAGCCAAGUUGUGCAUCAUGGCAAAUAUUCACCUAGGCCUGUUGUAGUCGAGGCAGAUGAGCAAAAGCUUUGACUUUCAUGAUCUAAUGAAAACAUCAGACCGACAGCGCAAAAGACGGCAAGUCACUCGUGGUGAAAACGACAACAAGGCAAACCAUCUUUCUCCCAGUCAUAGGCUUGGUCGAGGCAGAAAACCUGAAGCCCCAGGAUUUAGUCGGGGUAAACAAAGACAGUUUUCUGGUACUCGACAAACUUCCACCAGAAUACGACUCACGAGUCACGGCGAUGGAGGUAUUGAAUCAUGUGCCACCUGCUAGUACAGGGCGCUCGUUUGCAUUGGCAGUUGCCUCUUGGACUCGUUGAUGCAGAACAAGAUGACAACUGUAGGUUCAUCUUACGUUUCAUAUCCAUCAUUCCUGCUUCUUGAGGCACGUAAAAUUAUCAAAAAAUGUUGAAAUUCAAAUCUCCAGGUCGACGAAAAGCCAACAGACAACUACAGCGACAUUGGUGGACUAGAGAAACAGAUCGAGGAACUGAUAGAAGCUAUUGUCCUCCCCAUGAAGCACAAGGACAAAUUCGAAGCCAUCGGCAUCACGCCACCAAAGGGAGUGCUCAUGCACGGCCCCCCGGGAACGGGGAAGACCAUGAUGGCGAGGGUACAACUACUACAACAGACCAUAACCAUAAAAACAGCCAUCAUCUACAGCAUUUGGUCGUGCUGAGCUUUUUAUCGAUCAUUUUUUUUUUUUUUUGCUGCAAAUGCAAGCACACCGAAAUUUUCAUUAUGUUGACAUUCUCAGCUAGAAGACAAAUCUAUCCCAAAAUAACAGGCCUGCGCGGCAAAUACCAACGCGACCUUUCUCAAGCUCGCCGGUCCGCAACUCGUCCAGAUGUUCAUCGGUGACGGCGCAAAGAUCAUCCGCGACGCUUUCGAGCUGGCGCGGGAAAAAGCACCAACAAUCAUUUUCAUCGAUGAGUUGGAUGCAAUAGGUAUUCUUCGCUUGUGUUGUAGUACUAGAACUAGUUUUCGGCAUGACAUUUUUAAGUAUCGUAUCUUUAUGCUGAAGAUUGUGUGUUGCUGUGCAGUGGCUGCGCCACUGCUCAUCAAUCCAUCUCCACCACUACUUCUACCCGUUCUCAACAGGUAUGAAGCGUUCUGGCGGUGGUGAGCUUUCCGGUGUGCGAGAAGUGCAGAGAACAAUGUUGGAACUUCUCAACCAGCUUGACGGCUUCUCAGGGAACGCUGACGUAUACUGAGUUUGUUUCUUAUAUUCAUUCAUUUUCAUCUUUUCUCUUGUUCUUGCACGACGAGGACCACGCACGAGUUAGUGGUGCGUCUUCAACUUCAUCUCGAACUACAAGGACAAUACCAGUUACAUAAGGUCCUCGUAGAGAGGUUUCGCAUGAAUGUCCAUCAACAUGAUGAUGAUCUUGCUCGUCGCGUCGCAGUAGGUGGAAUACAUAUCAAACUUUCUCGACGCAACGACCUGACCACUGCUAACAAACUUCAGGUGAAAAUCAUAGCAGCGACCAACAGACCUGAUGUUUUGGAUCCCGCGUUACUGCGGUCGGGUCGGUUGGACCGAAAAAUCGAGCUCCCGCACCCAACAGAGGACGGUCGAGCCAGGAUUAUGCAGAUCCACAGCCGGCGAAUGAACUACAACAAGGACGACGUCAACUUCCAAGAGCUUGCACGAAUGACCGAAGAUUUUAACGGUACUGAUGAGUGCAAGAAUUCUUCAAAGCAAGAAUUCAAAUGCGAAAUUCGGACGUUUAUUUCCACCACCAGCUUGCAUGGCAAACGCAAAUGAAUUUUAGUUUUACGUGAAGAUGAAAACUGAAGAACUGGAAACUUAUAGAAAGGCACAACAUUUUUACCAACGCACGAAGACACGACGAAUUCAAUUUCGAAACACUAGGUGCGCAAUGCAAGGCCGUGUGCGUCGAGGGGGGUAUGGAGGCUCUGCGAAGAGGCGCUACAGAGAUGAUGCACGAGGAUUACGUGCAGGGAAUCAACACCGUGAUGGCGAAGAAGAAAUCCACGCUGAACUACUACGCGUAG